AAUCAAUAUGUUCAAGUACAGGAGAACGUUUUGUACCAUAAACAAGACUCUUAAUUAUUAUGAGAUCUUAGAUGUGAAGCAUACAAGUGACAUUGCUGAAAUCAAGAAGUCAUAUUUUGACCUAGCUAAAAAGUAUCACCCUGAUGUAAACGAUGCUAAUGAUGCUAAAUUCAAAUUUUCUCAGAUUUCAGAGGCAUAUCAGGUGUUAUCAAACGAAGAAUCAAGAGAAAAAUAUGACCAAAAGAUGUCAAUAGCUAAAGCAGCUUGGACUGGGUUACAUACGCAAGAAGCUGUGAAGAGCAAGCCUCGUGAAAGCAAGACAGAGUAUAAUCCUGAUUAUGAGGACUGGGAAAAUGAAGCAUUUUGGAAUGAUAGAUCAAAAUUUGAAGAAGAUACUUUCGAGCAUCUAAACAGGUAUGCUAAAGGAUGGAGAAACCCUUUUGAGAAAUUUUCAGCAUCUAAAACAAAUGUUAAAGGAGAAAACGUUAUCGUAAUGGUAGAUAUGUCAAUAGAAGACAUAAUAAAGGGAGCUAAUAUGAAGGUAAAAUAUAACUGAAAUGUCCAAUGCAACCACUGCAAUGGCACCAAAGCCCAUGAUAUUUCAGAAUACGUUAAAUGAUCUUCAUGAGAUGGAGCAGGCUACAUCUCUAGCCAGACCACUUCAGAAGAGCAAAUUUGAAAAUAAAUGUAAUGGGGCAGGAGGUUUUGCAAGAUCAAAGUGUAAAGUAUGUUUCAAUGAAGUACCAGAAGAGACUAUUGUAAGAGAAAUUUACAUACCUCCUGGGUCUAUCGAUAUCCACACAAUUCCUGGAUAUGGUCAUUGUAGUAAGGCUAUUCUCGGCCAGUCCGGAGAUUUAAAGGUAAAAAUAAACAUCUUAAAAUCAGAAUAUUUCACCCUUAAAAACUAUGACAUUCAUUUAACCAAAGAAUUGUCAAUUUCAGAAGCUAUUUUGGGUGGAAAAGUGACUAUUCAGACCCCUCAUGGACCAAGAUCUAUAAAGGUUCAAAAAGGAACUCAAAACAACGAAAAAAUAUCUAUUUCAGGACUAGGAAUUCCUUAUGAAGCUAAUGUAGGAAAAUUGUUCGUUAAAUUUCAUGUCAAAAUUCCGACUCGGCUCAGCCCAGAGAUGGAAGCCUGCAUUCAGAAAUAUCAUGACUUAGAAGAAAAAGAGGAGGGAGAAUAUGAAGAGGUUAAAGCAGAUAAAGUAGAGGAGAAGUCUAGCGGGUGAGUUAUAUUCUAAGCAGAAGUUCAAUUUAA